AUGAUGUUCAAUAUAUUAAACAUUGAAUAUCGAUGUGUAGCGGCAGCGCUCUAUCCACCUGAUGAUCUUUUGGUCACAUCAAACGAUCAAUUACGCCUGAUGAAAAUGUACAAUGAUCCAAUUGCAAUAGAUCCAACGGAAUUAUUUGAUAUGGACCGUGACAGAUUGGGACUUGCCAAAAAAGCGAUGCGAAAGUAUCUGGAGCCAGAAGAUGUUGAAAAGAUGGACAAGUUGGAGACAACAAGAUUUUUGUUGCCUGAAAGUAUGAGUGAUAAGGAAAAUAAAAAAUAUCCAUUUCUAUUAGCAAGGAUCAUCACUGUUGUAUGGGAAUAUGAAAAAAAUUUGCUUAGCGGGAAAGAAGAUGGGCAAAAAGAUGGUUAUGGAGGGAGUGCAAUCUUCGUUCCUUAAGAUUCGCGCACAAUGUCUGAGGUGUUACGAAGGGCGCGAGAUGCGGCUCUUCGGGGAAGUCACGUCAUAGCGGCACGUGGCUUUAUAGAAGCGAUGGCACGUAUGGACGUAGCGCAGCGCAAUCGCUUCCACGAUGAAUACAUUCUAUUACUGGAAACAAUGGUGCAUGCUGGUACCGAUGAAAAAGAGGAUCAGUUCCUGCUUCUCAUGCAAAGUUUGCAAAUAUACCCGGAAGAUGGUGCAAUCUUCAAUGUCAUGGCUAAAUUUUACUUCACUUUC